AUGAUUAAGCCAACCAAAAUUGACACCUUCCGUUCCUCGUCUACGAUCAGCCCGAUCCCGACUAUUAUCCCAAACGAGCCAAUAUAUCAAGAAAUAAGCGCCACGGGCUAUCGGACAUUAUGGGUGGUCGCGAUCCUCAUGCUGUUGUCCUCGCUCAUUUUCUAUAUCCUAGCUUCGCGAGUCCCUGUUCAAAAACGCCUAUUCCAUGUACUGGCCUCGCUGGUGGCGACCGUAUCCUUCCUCGCUUAUUUUGCCAUGGCCACAGGGGGUGGGAAGGCGUAUAACCAUGCAAUUAUCCACGAACAUCACAAAAACGCGCCUGAUACCAUCCAACACAUUUACCGUGAGGUAUACUGGGUCCGAUAUGUGAACUGGGGCUUGACAUUUCCCAUGAUCCUCAUCAUCCUGGUUCUCUUAGCCGGAAUGAACGGAGCAAGCCUUCUGAUCUCCAUCGUGGCCAAUCUUGUCAUGAAUAUAGCCGGUGCCAUUAGCGCAUAUGGAGGGCACAGCGGGCGGAAAUGGGCGUGGUAUACGAUUUCUUGUUUGGCCUAUCUCACGAUCGUGUACCAAGUCGGAUUCAACGGCCGCAGGGCAGUUGCGUCAAAGGACAACAGAAGAAAAACCCUGUUUGGGUCGCUCUCUAGCCUUGCGACGAUUGUUUUGCUGGCCUACCUAAUAGUCUGGGCUGCUUCUUCGAACGCUCGUCGAAUGAGCAUUGAUGGAGAGGUCAUUUUCUACGCCAUUUUGGAUCUUCUCGUUCAGGGGCUUUUCGGGUACUGGCUCCUCAUUUCCCACAAUAGCAUGUCAACCUAUUCUUUGAAUAUGGAUGGAUUCUGGGCUAGCGGCAUCGGAACCGAAGGAAACAUUCGGAUUGGCAAUGGAGAGGAAUCCUAA